AUGGCAAAGCCUCUUCCAUCGGGGAUUUACGCUCCUCUCCCAGCAUUUUUUAGCGAUAUGGAUGAAACACAUUUUGCUAACCUGGAAAUAAUAGAUGUUGCUAAACCAGGAGUUAUUCCUGUUGUCUCUGCUACAAUGGGAGAGGCCGCACAUUUGGAUCGCCAAGAGCGCAUACAACUGAUACGGGCUCUUCGGUCGGCGCUUGAUGAAAACGACCUGCACCAAACGCCAAUCAUAGCAGGGGUAGGUGCGACAAGCACUCGAGAGACUAUUAGUCUUGCAAAAGAUGCGGCGGCGGCUGGUGCCGAAUUUGUACUCGUUAUAGCACCAAGCUACUAUGCGAUUGAAUUAAAGUCGAACCCGAAUUCCAUCAAGACGUUUUUCAUCGAUGUGGCCUUUGAAUCGCCAAUACCAGUAGUUAUCUACAACUUUCCGUUAGUUGCAGGCGGUAUCGAUAUAACUAGUGACGAUAUUGUAUACAUUUCAAGGGCUGCACCAAACAUACACGGCAUCAUACUAUCCUGUGGUAAUGUUGGAAAGGUCUCGAGGAUUACAAGCCUUCUGGACGAAUCAUUCAAGACAAUCGCCGGGUUCAUGGACUUCUUACUACCGUCUAUUUCGGUUGGAUCCGCCGGUGCUAUCAGUCCUUUACCGAACAUUGUGCCCGAUUUCGCUAUGGAGUUGUGGCGCAGUACACAAAGCCUGGAUAGUGCCGCAGAUUGGGCGAAAGCCAAGCUACUCCAGGAGAAAGCCUCCCUAGCCGAAGCGGAAUUGCUAAGUGGUGGUGUGGCUGGAUUAAAGUACUUGCUUAACCAGCAGUUCGGGUAUCCUGCUACUCCCAGACGUCCACUGCAGCCUUUAGGCAAGGAUACUGCAGCCCGUUUAUCUAAUAGCAAGUACUUAAAGGAUUUAAUGGAAGUACGAUAG